AUGCUAACGUUUGUCAGGGAGAUACGGGAUAAAUGGAGACAUGAUCUGCGGGACCCACCUACGGGAGGGCCCGAACCCCCUCCCACAAACACCCAAGAAACCCCCACCAGCUUCUCGGUGGAAGAUUUCCACCCCAGAGUAAACAUCGGAUCCCCUGAAUCGCCUACCGAAAGCCGUAAGCGAACACGGAGCGGUGAUGCGUUUGCACUAUCGGAAAACUCGGGUCGAGUCACCACCAAGGAGGUGUGGAAACUCAUCGGAACCCUGAAAGACAUUAUCCGCCAUCAAACUGCGGUCAUCGAAUCCACUCAGAACGAGCUACAGGAGAUUAAACACAAUCAACAUGUCCUGCAAGAACAGAACGAGAAGCUCCAUGAGGAAGUGAAAGCGUUACGAGCACAGGUUGAAAGCGCCCCUGCAGUCACCGCGACUAGGACUUGGGCAGCAGUCGCAGCCACUGGCGAUAAUGCCAUACCCUCGCUGAGUCACCAGAAACCCGAGAAAGAGCAAAACUGCGUCCGAAUCAGCUCCCAGAGAGCCUUUGUAGACCCAAGAGAUAAUGACAACAACGACGGAAACGCUUUUGGGCGAUAUCUCCCCACAGAUACCGUCAACACUCACAUCCGCACAGCAUUGCAGAGCGACGCUGCAACACAAGACGCCCAAGUGGUAGGAAUUGGCACCACAAAAACCGGCUAUCUCAUUCGAUUCAAGAACGUGGAGUCGGCUCAGGUGGCUCGCAACAACACUGAGUGGCUACAUAAAUUGGGCAACAACACGAGGCUGGUUAAACCACGGUUCAGCAUUGUAAUGCACCGCACUCCAACUAACGAAUUCGACCUGGAAACUGGUACCGCCCAAGCAGCAGAAAAAACCGUCCAAGAGAACGACCUGGCAGAACACGGUUUCCACAUCGAAGAACUGGCCUGGAUGAAAGCGAAGGACAAGGCCCUAGGGAAAUUCGCAUCGUUAGGAAUGUGGUUUGACUCCGCAGAAGGAGCAGAACAUAUGCUCCGUAGCGGUUUCGUCGUCAGUCAACACUACAUCCCUCAGUUAGAGCGAUGCGAGAUCAAGAAAAAGAGAUGUUUCCGGUGUCAACGGUUUGGACACCUGGCAUGGUCAUGCAAAGAAACCCCGCGGUGUGGACACUGUGCAGGUCAACACGAGCUGCAGCGCUGCCCACCAGGAAUCAGGGCCCGCUGCCUCGACUGUGGGGGUGAGCACGCUACCGGAGAUCGACGAUGUCUAACCCCCGCGACCUCUCAUCCCAACCGAGGUUAGAGAGCAACCUAUGCAUCCUUC